AUGCUCUUUUUCCAUCUCUAUCUAUCUAUCUAUCUAUCUAUCUAUCUAUCUAUCUAUCUAUCCUUCCUCACCUCUCUCUUUCUACCUUCUCUCUGUGUCUUUCUCCAUCCCUUUCCCUUUUUAACGGAAAUCGACUCUUUAACUAAAUUGAUUUCUUUGUUGUUUUCUAUUUUCUCUUUCUCAUUGUCCUUCUCUCUCUCUCUCUCUCUUCCUCUCUCUCUCUUCCUCUCUCUCUCUCUUCCUCUCUCUCUCUCUCUCUUCUCUCUCUCUUCCUCUCUAUAUCUAUCUCUCUAUCUCAAUAUCGCUCUCUCCUUCUCUCUGUGUGUAUCUAUCUCUCUAUCUCAGUCUCUCUCCCUCUCUAUCUGUAUCUCACCCUCUCUCUCCCCCUCUCUCUCUCACGCUCUCUCUUUCUCUCUGUAUCUAUCUCCCUAUCUAAAUCUAUCUAUCUAUUUAACCAUCUCAAUAUCACUCCCCCUCUCUCUGUAUCUCUCUCUAUCUCAAUCUCUCUCCCUAUCUUUCUCUGUAUCUCACUCUCUCUCUCUCUCUCUCUCUCUGUAUCUAUCUUCCUAUCUUAACCUCUCUCUAUCUAUCUAUUUAUCUAUCUCAAUAUCACUAUCUAUCUCAAUCUCUCUGUAUAUAUCUAAAUAA